AUGAUUAGAGCUUUAUCGAAAUAUUGCGUGUUUCCCAAAGCACUUUCCCUUCUCUCUUUCAUUCUUGACUUUUCUCUUAUUCUUCCUUACUUCUUUUAUUCUUCCUUUUCUUCAUUUGUAGCUCUUUCAUUCUUUUCCUUCACUUUUCUUGUCUUUUUCCUCUCUUUCCACUUUUUCCUUCAUUCUUCUCUUUCUUUCUUCUCUCCUGCUUCCUCCUUCAUGUUUUCCUCCAUUCUUACCCUUUUUAACUCCGCUUCUUUUAACUUCCUUAUUCUUUCAUUCUUUCUUUUUCUUUCUCUUCUUCAUUCUGCUUACCUUUCUUUUAUCUUUUCUCUCUUCUUUCUUUUUUUUCUUAUAAUUUUUAUUCUUAGUUUCCUUUUCUUUCUCCUCUACUUUCAUUCUACCCUUCUUCUUUCUUCUUUUCAUUAUUCUAUCCUUAGAUCUCUUCUUUUUCUUUUUUUUUUCUUCUCUUUCUUCACUUUCUCUCUUAAAAUUCUCAAUUUUGUCUUCUUCUUUCUUUUCCUAUUCCUUCUCUUUUUGUACUCUCUUUCUUUCUCACUUUUUACUUUAUUCUUUUAUCCUCUUUCCUUUUUAUCUCCCCUUCACUAUUUUUUCUUCUUUUUAUCUUUCAUUCUUUCCUCUAGACGCUUUCCUUCAUUCUUUUUGUUCUUCUUUUCUCUUUCCGUUUCUAUUUAUCUUUCUUUCUUCGUUUUCUUCUGUGCCACUUUCUCUCUCGCCAUCGUUCUUUCUUUCCUUUUCGCUUCUUUCUUUUCUGUUUCUUUCUAA